AAACCUGGUGAGGUGGACGAGGUGACCGGUUGGUUUGUGGUUAUCAAUGUUUUAGCCGACGCCUUCCUGAAACGUCGAUCUCGGGACAGAAAGUUAAAAUCAAGGGAGAAAAAAUGUGGACUUUUUGGAGAGGCGUUGUUUCACCGUACGUUUUGGACGGAGGGAAUGCGAAAAAAGGAAAGGAAUGUAAGCAAGCAGUUGGCCGAAAAAAUUUUCCAAAGCGUGGGACGAUAA